GUCUCUUGGGUUCUUCCUCUCCGAUCUCUUCCUUCUUGUUGCUCCUUGUGUUACUCUGCUAGAAGUCUCCCCACUCCUCUCUCUCUCUACCCUAUCAAUAAAAUGGAGAUCCAAGGAUGCUGUGGCAAAUUCUUUCAGAGGUCCAAGCCCUAUGUUGCCAUGAUCUCUCUGCAAUUUGGCUAUGCCGGCAUGAACAUAAUCACCAAGGUCUCCCUCAACCAUGGCAUGAGUCAUUAUGUUCUCGUUGUCUAUCGGCAUGCCUUUGCGACCCUAUCGAUCGCCCCGUUCGCUCUCAUCCUCGAGAGGAAAGUAAGGCCUAAGCUCACAUUCUGGAUUUUCAUGCAAAUAUUCGCGCUGGGAUUACUUGGGCCUGUGAUCGAUCAAAAUUUCUACUAUGCCGGCUUGAAGUUUACCUCUCCAACCUUCUCAUGUGCGAUGAGCAAUAUGUUGCCGGCCAUGACCUUUGUACUGGCAGUCCUCUGCAGGAUGGAGAAGGUCGAUCUCAAGAAGGUGAAAUGCCAAGCCAAGGUGGUUGGCACGCUGGUAACAGUAGCUGGGGCCAUGUUGAUGACCCUCUACAAGGGACCUAUUAUGGAGAUGGUGUGGACCAAGCAUCUCCAUCCUCACCAAGCCAACGUACCUGUUGCCAUGGAUUCCACUGAUAAGGACUGGUUCAAGGGCUCCAUCUUCCUCAUCAUAGCAACUCUAGCUUGGGCUUCUCUCUUCAUCCUCCAGGCAGCAACACUGAAGAAAUAUGAUGCACCCCUCUCCCUCACUUCAUUAAUCUGCUUUGUGGGAACCCUGCAAGCCAUUGUUGUCACCCUUGUCAUGGAACGCAAGCCCUCUGUGUGGAGAAUCGGCUGGGACAUGAACCUUCUUGCUGCUGCG